AUGACUUCUGACCAGGUGCAUCCAACUCAGUCGCCAUGGCAACACAACCAAGUUUCAUGCGUCUUUGCCUUCAAGAAGGUGUUGCCGCGACCGAUUGGAGACUCCCAUCUCGAAGGGAGCUUAACUUCUAACUCGAUCGGUGCUGCUUCCACGUUCGACAUGCUCCUCGCGGCAAGCCGGACCCAUUCCAGUCGCAUGUUCAUGCUGUAG